UCUGGAUUCAUUCGAUAUUCAACCGGCGGAAUAUUCGGGUGUGUUACCGGAGAUAGAGAUUUGACUGGUGAGUGCAGUUCUUUUUCUAUACCUCGUGUUGUAUUGUUGCCAACAACAAAAAGUGUGUGUAUUUGUGAACAACAGAAGAAACAAAGAGAUAACAAAACCGAGAAUUGUCAAAUUUGACAGAAGAAUAAAGUUGUGACAACUGAAAAAGUUGUGGUUUGUGAAGUUUUUAGUGAAGUUUAACGAAUAAAUUCAUCAGAAUUACUAACGAAAUGGAUGCUGAUAACAAAAAGCCAUUCAAAAUCAAGGACAUAACACGAAACAUUAAGAAAGCGGUUGUUGCAUCCUCACUCGAAGAGAUUCGUACAAAAGUAGCGGAAAAGUUUGAAAAAGUCGAUCUCCUGCCAACGAUACAUUUAGAUUCGGAUGGCACGGAAAUAGACGAUGAGGAAUAUUUUAGGACUCUUGAACCAAAUACUGAGCUAAUAGCUGUUUUUCCUGGUGAACAUUGGAUUGAUCCAACACACUACGUAACAAUAUCCAGCCAUCGAGAAUACGCCGACACCACAGAUGCCGUAGCCGAGACGAAUCGUAUAAAAAAACUCGUUGGCCAACUUCAGAGCAACCUAUGCAACGUGUCCGUGAUGAGUGACCCUGACUUGGAUUCAUUGUCGAACAUGGACCCCAAUUCCUUGGUCGAUAUCACCGGCAAGGAUUUCAUGGAGCAGCUGAAGGAUUCAGGCAGACCACUGUGUGCAAAGCGAACCGCUGAGGACCGAAUUAACCUGCUAAAACUACUCAAAGAUGGAGCAAUCUUCUGCUCGGAACGUUAUCCAGAAGAUGCAGAAGACAUUGAUUUGGAAAUAAAUAAUCGUGAUGCAUCACCGACCGCCGAUAACACACCCCCGAUGACAAUCGAACUUCACCAACAUCAUCAUCAGCAACAGAAUCAACAGAAAAAACUUUCAGCCACAGCCUCAAAGACCGACAUUUGACUACCAAUAAUAUCAACAAUAACAUGAGAUUUAGAGAAUGUUUACAAGGACAAGGGUUGAGAUAAAUAACACAACAGCUGCAAGAAAAAACAACAACAACGAUCGAUGAUUCGACGAAGGCUUCUUGUCUUGAGUAAGAUAUCAAAUUUAGUUAUUUAAGAAAUUAAUUUUAAGUUUAUACUUUAUAAAGGAUUUUUUUCUAUUUUUUAAUAAAACAUAAAGUAAAAAUAAAAAAUAUGAUAAGAAUGAAAAGUUAUUAAAUUUAUGUAUCUUUAGUGAGAUAAAUUCGAUUUAAAAAAUGUCUUAUGGUGGAAAAAGUAGAUAGAAAGGUAUUUUACUUAAAACAAAUUUACAUCAUUUUUUUUUUCGUUUUGUAUAUUUUUCUGUUUCUCUGAAAAUGGGUUUCAACUUCAAGUGGGUUUUCCAAGACCAACAGGUACAUGGUUUUUUUUUUGUAUUAUUUUUCCAACGCAAAUAGUAAUCGAAAAGUUUAUUCCACAACACUGCACACAGAAAUUUUGUGAAAAAAAUAGCACAUUUUAUGUUUCAGCACCUUUAGAAUAAAAACGGGUCAGGUGACUUAAUUGGAUUUUUUUACAGAGAAAAAAUAAAUAAAAAACAAAUCGCAUCUGGGCACAAUCAGUCCUAAUAAAUGGAAUGGUUUUUUUUUUUU